AUGUAUGACUCUCUGCUGCCCCUCGUCCGCGACCACCUGGCCUGCGCCGGGCCCGGGGCCAAGGUCGCGUUCACAGGCCACAGCCUGGGGGGCAGCCUCGCGACCGUCAUCACCCUGCUGAUGAUUCACAGGGGCGACCUGCCCGUCGACGCCCUGGCCUCCGUCCACACCUUUGGCGCCCCCGCCGUCUUCUGCGACUCCUCCAGCCAGCCCCUCCCCUGCUGCGGCGACGCCGCCUGCUCCUGCGGCGCCGGCGCCGCCGCCGCCGCCCCGGCCGCCGCCGCGGCCCCGACCCCGGCCCCGCGCGUCGGGGCGCUGCUGCCCAGCCUGGGGCUGGACGCCCACAAGAUUACCAACGUGGUGAUGCACCGCGACAUCGUGCCGCGCGCGUUUGUGUGCGACUACAGCCUGGUGGCCGACAUCUUGAAGGGAUGGCUGCCGUCGUUUAAGGAGCACACGGGGCUCGCCGCCUGCAAGCCGCACAAGACCCUCUACCAUUUUGUGGGCGACGUGGAAGUCCUGCAGCCGCCCCUGGGCAGCGCCUUCACCCUCCCCGACGAGGGCCACUUCAUGCUGCCCGCCGAGCCCGCCCUUUACAAGCUCACAGAGCCCAGCUGCCCCCUGCCCCAGCGCGGCGCGCCCAAGCACGCUGCCCAGCACUCGGCCCAGCACGCGGAGCAAGCGCAGCGUGCGCCGCCGGCCGGCGCGCGCGCGCUGACGCUGACGGACGCGGUCCAGGCGUUCUUCAACACGCCGCACCCGCUGCAGACGCUGAGCGAGGUGCGCGCGUACGGGCCGGGUGGGUCCAUCAGCCGCUUCCACAACCCCCAGAACUACACGGACGCCUUGGCCAUGCUGCUCUGA